AUGGAAACACUCAUUUCUGAGUUCACAUUCCUCUCAGAUCAAUCUCUCCAAAACAAAAAUUUUGAUCCAUCUACCGUUGAAAAUCUCCUUAGACUCUUUGAAGUAGAGGCUUACAAGGCGUGGGCCAGAGUCGAGCUCCAGCAAGAAGAAGAAGUCGAAGAAGCUGAAAUUUACAUGAAGAAAACUGAGGACUAUUUGGAUUCUGUAAUGGAAAGUGCCAUGGAAGAAUAUCGUGUUUUCGAGAAGGAAAUGAAUAGGAUGGCCAUGGCUGAGCAUGACAGCUUAGCGAAUGUGGCUUCAAGAAAAAUGGGCAAAUCAAUGAAGAAGGCAGCCACUUUUGCUUCAAAUAAGUAUAUCGAGGCUGCAGCAAACUCAGAUUCUUCUUCCAACUCUAAAAAGAUCGUUCUGCAAGUUGGUUUGGUCGACUCGGGCUUGGCCUUGUAG